AUGGCAGUUCGUGAACCCAGUGGACGUUCUUCGAGGUCUCAAAAGCGAAUUAAUUAUAAGGAGAAGAAUGAGAAUGAUUUGAAACCGGACAUACUGGAUUCUGAUGAAGAUGAAGAUGAAAAGUCUAGUAGUGAAGAGACGAAAAUCUGGUUAAAGGAUGAUGUGAAGGGAGACGACGUUGCGCUAGAUUCAGAUGAAAGUGAAGUGGAGGAUGAUGGCCAAUUGAACCACUUGUUAGAUCAAGCUAGGGAAAAGAUAGAUCAGAACACGGCCCGUGAUAGUGAUGAAGAUGACGAUGGUGAACCAGAAGAUGAUAGCGCCGUAUCAAUGAAGUUAGACAACUUGAACGAGUUCGUCAAGCAGAGCCAAGUUUAUUCUGGUGUAAUUGCUGAUACAUUAUUGGAAAGAUCGAAGCAACGACAGGAGGAACAAGUGGUUCAAGAACCCGCCAAGAAAAAGGCAAGAUCGAUUACAGAUUUCUUUAAGCCCAAGAAUACAAAAUUGGACGAUGAAGCCAUUAAAAACCAACAACCCAAUUUUUUGGAGAAUUGUAUUUUGAAACCUUACCAAUUGGAUGGGUUGAAUUGGUUAAUCACCCUGUAUGAAAAUGGUCUUAAUGGGAUUCUAGCAGAUGAUAUGGGGUUAGGUAAAACGAUUCAAAGUAUUGCUUUGUUAGCAUUUAUCUAUGAAAUGGAUACAAAGGGACCCUUUUUGAUUGCCGCACCUUUGAGUACAGUGGAUAAUUGGAUCAAUGAAUUUGGUAGAUUCGCGCCAAAAAUCCCCGUUUUGAAAUAUUACCAUUCUCAGGGCGCUAAGGAGAGAUCAAAGCUUAUAAAGCAAUUUUUCAAAAAGACUGAUGGACAUGGUGUGGUGGUAACUUCAUAUGAGAUUAUUAUUAGAGAUGCAGAUUCAAUUAUGGCCAAAGAAUGGAAAUUUUUAAUAGUUGAUGAAGGACAUCGUCUGAAAAAUAUCAAUUGUAAAUUGAUUCAAGAAUUGAAACGAAUUAAUACUUCUAAUAGACUCUUGUUGACCGGUACGCCGCUACAAAAUAAUUUGAUAGAAUUGUGGUCACUGUUAAAUUUCAUCAUGCCAGAUGUAUUUGCAGAUUUCGAAAUCUUUAACAAAUGGUUUGACUUUAAGAGUUUAGAUUUGGAGAGUUCAUCCAAAAAAUUGAGUAAAAUGAUUAAUGAUGAAUUGGAAAAAAAUUUGAUUACCAACUUACAUACAAUUUUAAAACCAUUUCUCCUAAGAAGAAUGAAAAAUGUGGUUCUUGCAGGUAUUUUACCACCAAAGAGAGAGUAUUUGAUUAAUUGUUCGUUGACUCCCAUUCAAAAGAAGUUUUACAGAAUGGGACUUACUGGUAAAUUAAAGAGGACUAUUUUCAAGGAGAUGGUUAAAUCGUUUUUCACUUUAAACACAGAUUACGUGGGUCAAGUUUCCAAUAAAUCGAUUAGAGAUUUCAUAAACUACAAAUUGGAUGGGGAUUCCACUGAACAAGUGCCAGAAAUUUUACAAAAUAUGGAUAAAUUGUACGUGGAACAUCUUUCGAAAGAAUUUACCAAUAUUAAAUUACAAAACAUGAUGAUGCAACUACGACAGGUGGUUGAUUCCACCUUUCUAUUUUAUUUCCCCUUCAUACAUCCAGAGGAUCUCACUUUAGAAGCAUUGUUGAAUUCCUCAGGUAAACUGCAAGUAUUACAAAAAUUGGUGCUUCCACUUGUUGAAAAGGGCCACAAAGUUUUAAUCUUUAGUCAAUUUAUUCAAAUGUUAGAUUUACUUGAAGAUUGGUGUGAAUUAAACUCGUUGAACGCAUUAAGAAUUGAUGGUUCUGUAAACAACGACACUAGAAAAGAGCAGUUGGAGAAAUUCGAUAAAAAAUCCAGUAAAGAACAAGUUUUCUUACUAUCUACAAGAGCCGCUGGGCUCGGUAUCAAUUUAGCUGCCGCGGAUACGGUUGUACUCUUUGACAGCGAUUGGAAUCCCCAAGUUGAUUUACAGGCAAUGGACCGUUGCCAUCGUAUAGGCCAGACGAACCCCGUAAUAGUGUAUCGAUUGUGUUGCGAUAAUACUGUAGAACAUGUUAUACUAACUAGAGCAACGAGCAAAAGAAGAUUGGAAAAAUUGGUUAUUCAAAUGGGUCAAUUCAAUACUUUGAAGAAGUUAGCCAUGAAUGAAAAAUCAUUUUUACAGAUCAAUACACCUAAUGUAGCCAAACCUACCAAUAAAGAUCUCGUACAAGAAUUAUCGCAGCUAUUAGUUACUGGUGAGUCUAGUAUCGGGUUCCAGAACGCAGGUUUUAAUGAUGACGACGGACAAUUGACAGAACAAGAGCUGAAAGAAUUGACAGAUAGAUCUCCUAAAGCCUACGAGGCAGAUAGAACAGUGGACAUGCCACACAUUAGAUUGUUUGAGACUACAAGAGGAGAAAUUUAG